AUGACGGCCACACCUGGUGUCUGUGUGGCACUGGCGAGCCUUGGUACUGCAGGUGUGGCGCUGGCGAGCCUUGGUAGUGUAGGUGUGGCGCUGGCGAGCCUUGGUACUGCAGGUGUGGCGCUGGCGAGUCUUGGUAGUGUAGGUGUGGCACUGGCGAGCCUUGGUACUGCAGGUGUGGCGCUGGCGAGCCUUGGUAGUGUAGGUGUGGCGCUGGCGAGCCUAGGUACUGCAGGUGUGGCGCUGGCGAGCCUUGGUAGUGUAGGUGUGGCACUGGCGAGCCUUGGUACUGCAGGUGUGGCGCUGGCGAGCCUUGGUAGUGUAGGUGUGGCACUGGCGAGCCUUGGUACUGCAGGUGUGGCGCUGGCGAGCCUUGGUAGUGUAGGUGUGGCGCUGGAGAGCCUUGGUAGUGUAGGUGUGGCGCUGGAGAGCCUUGGUAGUGUAGGUGUGGCGCUGGAGAGCCUUGGUACUGCAGGUGUGGCACUGGCGAGCCUUGGUACUGCAGGUGUGGCACUGGCGAGCCUUGGUACUGCAGGUGUGGCGCUGGCGAGCCUUGGUAGUGUAGGUGUGGCGCUGGAGAGCCUUGGUAGUGUAGGUGUGGCGCUGGAGAGCCUUGGUAGUGUAGGUGUGGCGCUGGAGAGCCUUGGUAGUGUAGGUGUGGCGCUGGCGAGCCUUGGUAGUGUAGGUGUGGCGCUAGCGAGCUGUGGCAGUGUAGCUGUGGCACUGGCGAGCUGUGGCAGUGGCCAAUGGCACCCGCCUCAAGACUCCUCAACUAAUGCACCUCAUUUUGAACGUUAUGAUCCCCAAUGUUCUGUUGGCAAUUAUUUGUAUUCUUACUACACGAGUGAAGCCUUUAAAAUACGUGUAACUGACAAUGACAAAGACAUGAAUGGUAUUCUAAAUGGUCAACUUUAUGCGUUUACCAGAGAAGAAUUAUAUUUGUACAUUGAGGUGAACCAAGCCGUGUAG